GUGACACUGUAGCGCCGUAGCGGCAGCAUUUAUUUGUAAUAUUUGUCUAUGUUCAUUUCGACAUAAAAAAUGGCGGAUUGCAAGGAGGGUGUAGAGGAUAUCGAUCAUCCGCCACUCGUCCUGAAAGUCGAUCCGCCCGAAGAGUUGCUGGAGGACUCUACCGAGGAUUCAACGACUAGCAAUUUAGCCCCACCAACUGACCGGGACACUCACGUUUAUGAUGACACAAAAAGCCAUACAGCGGAAUCUAACAACCAAGAAUCCACAUUGGCAGCCGUUAAGACUCCCAAUAAGAAACAUAGUCCUGUGCUAGCUGUUUCAAAAUUGGGAAAUUCAUUUGGUGUUAAUGAAUUUUCAAACCCUGUAGCUAGUAAAUCAAAGUCGUCUAUACUAAGGCCGUCACAAUUAAGUGUGUUAACGAAUAGUUCCACAGGGGCCACCGACAAAACUGUCUUGCAACCUGCGAAAUUUCACAAUCCGUUUGUGAAGGCUACUGAUAAUUCCAUAGAUGAGGAUGAGCCUCUAAUGAAGAGCAAUAAGGCCGAAACGGACAAAGACUUUAAAAGCGAGGAGAAGCCUGUGGAGGACGUAAAGCUGAAAUUUUUGCCUUUGGGUGCGAGUACCAAGGAGAAUGAGAACAAUGUAAAUAAUACUGUGGCAUCCAGCGCAUCUACCCCUAGCUUUGUGUUCGGUCAGAAUUUGAAAGAACGCGUUACUGUUUCGAAUGACACAGAGAGUUCGAAUAAUUCUGAGAAAGACGAGACAAAAAGCAAAGAGAGCAAUGAAAAUGGAUCUUCUGAACUUCUGUUCUCGAAUGCAGCUGCAAAUUGCCGUACUACAGUGAGGCCAGGUUUAACAUUAACUCAAGCAGCGCAGGUUUUGGAGGAAGCUAAUCGCGCGAACAAGAGGAAAUAUAAUCAAGUAACGUUAUUAACUGGCGAAGAAGGAGAAACAAAUAUUCUUCAGAUCAAUUGCAAGUUAUUUGCCUUCGACAAGACUAGUAGCAGUUGGCAAGAAAGGGGGAGAGGUACGCUAAGACUCAAUGAUCGAGAUGAAGAGUCUCGUUUAGUCGGCCGUACCGCCGGGACGCAACGGUUGAUCCUGAAUACGAAAGUAUGGCCGGGUAUGACCGCGGAACGUGCUGGACCUAAAUCAUUAAGACUAACCGCUAUGGAUGUACUAGACGGGGAUAUUCGAAUUUUCAUUGUGCAAGCGGCACCUAAGGAGGUCGAUCAACUGCACGGUCUUUUAUUACAGCGACUUAAACGCGCGCAGGAACGCCAUCCUAAGAAAUUAGCAACGGACCAUUGACAGCCGUCGACAAUUCCAGACGAGGCGUCAGCUUAAUUUUGUGCAACAUAGAAGUUAUUAAGAUACGAAAGGAGCUAAAUCCUUCAGGAAUAUAAGACUCUUUAGUAUGCGCAAUAGAACGGCUAUGAUUUGUGCCUUCCUUCAGAAGUUGCAGCCCUCGGCAGUUUGUACCAGUAUUUAUCGAAAAAAAAAGGAGAUUAAGUUGUAGCACUUGUACGAGUUUGACGCUCUUGUAAGCAUUAGAUUCUUCGAGAAUACAAAAUCCGUUUAUAAUUUUUUAAAUCGAUAUAUUCCGUUUUAUUUGAAAUUUAAUGUGAUUUUUAAAUGAAAGAGCGUUAUUUAAAAAUAGAGAUACUGCGUAAUAUUAAUUGUCGUAACAAAUCUUACCAUAAAUUACAAGUUAAUUCUUAAAAUAAAUCGCAAAAACUUCAACAUGUCUAUAUUUAUAUCCAACUAUUCGCUAUUGCAUAUUGCAAUUGCAUUUUUUUCAUUUAGAAAGGGUUACAUCAAUCAUUCAUAGAUCUAAAUAAAUAAUUUGUAUGUAUAAUUUAUCAUUGAAGAAUAUAUGAGAGUGGCUGGGCAGGUACGAGUUAUGGUAUUUGUAGCAUGUAAUAUUGCCGUUACUUGUACUCUUGAUUUGUAUUUAAAGGACGAUUUGUGGGAAUGUACGAUACAACGGCAUUAUUAUUAAUAUUAUCUAUAAUUACUAUAAUUAUAAGUAUAUAUUGUUUUAUUUUAGAUGUAAAUAAAAGCCUCAGUCUAGUGGUGGAAAAGCUCUAAUUGCGCCUUUUGAUUUUAUUAUCCGCGCUACGAGAACAGAUUGAUUCUUAAAUUCGAUCUUCGAUUUCGGCAAUGUUUAUCCUACACGAGGCUCGUCUUCUUUGCUCGUUGAAUGAACGAAACGGACGGGGCAAAUAACUCGCUAUUUUAUAUCAUUAUCUACACACAAUAGAACGGUCAGAUUUAUUUAAGAAACUAUAAUCUAAUCUAUGAUUAAUAAAUUCUGAAUUUUUAAUACGCAGCGUAUAAAGAAUGUAUCAGUUGAAAAUAGAAACAAAAUUUUUGUAUGGAAAUUUUUUCUUUGGCACGUGUGUGUCCUUAUAUAAACUAUCCAUGUAAAAGCAUGUAAUUAAUAUACGUUCACAUGGACUAAUGAUGACAAAGAAUAAAUGGAGUUUGAAAUAAA